UAAUAAGUGAAUACAAUGAAAAAAAAAGAGCUUUAAAGCUAUAUGGUAAUCGGAGGACGGAUUUUGGCUUUUAUGAUUCGAUUGGAUAUGGAGGGUAUUUUCGUCCUCCAAGGAUCUUGAGUUAAAUGUAUAUGGACCGGAUGCCAUAAAGAUAUUAAGGCACGUCCAAAUAUGUACCGGCCGUUAAUUUUCAGAAAGGAGAGCGCCGUUAGGAUUCCGAUAUUAGGCCCGUACGCGAACAUAAGCACUUCUUUGCCGCUAGUCCACUCCACUAUAAAUAGAAUACGAAGCUCGCGAUGGCGAAACCCCAGGAAUCGAAGAAGCCCCCGGAGCCGGCCUCCAUGAACGACGUCGAGCGGGUCUUCGCGCAGUACGAUGCCAACGGCGACGGCAAGAUCUCGGCGUCGGAGCUAGCCAACGUGAUGCGCGCCCUCGGAUCUGAGGUAUCCGACGAAGAACUCAAAGCCAUGAUGGCGGAGCUCGACUCCGACGGAGACGGCUUCGUGGAUCUGAAUGAGUUUGCCGCGUUCCACAGCGGGAUGGGCGACGCCGCCGGACGGGAGGGGGAGCUGAGGGACGCCUUCGCGAUAUACGAUCUGGACAAGAACGGGCUGAUCUCCGCGAAGGAGCUUCAUCUGGUGCUGACGAGAUUGGGCGAGAAGUGCUCCGUUCAGGACUGCUCCCGGAUGAUCCGGUCCGUCGAUUUGGACGGCGAUGGUAACGUGAACUUUGAGGAGUUCAAGAAGAUGAUGGGCAACGGCGGGGGAAGGAAGGCAUCUGACGGCAGUGGAUCUCCGUUGCCGUCGCCAUCCUCUAAGUGAUGUGGGAUAUUGUUCAUUCUUAGACGUUCUUUGCAUGGAGAUGAGGGCUUAAUUAGUCUAUCAAAUUUCUUAUCUCAUUUGAGA